AUGGCCGUGCCAAAGCUCGCCACCAUCUUCGUCGUCUUCUUCCUCCUCCUGGCCGUCGCCGCGGCGGCGGAGACAACGGCGACGGCGACGGCGACGUGCGUGCCGACGAUGCAGCGGAUGCUGUCGUGCCUGGACUUCAUCGAGCACCGCACCGACGCGGUCCCGGCGCCGUGCUGCGCGCAGCUCAACGCCACCGUCGCCGAGCAGCCGUGCUGCCUGAUGCACGUCCUCCGCGGCAACGUCGCGCGGCUCGUCGGCCCGGGCUUCGACACCGUGCGCGCCAUGGUCAACGUCACCAACGCCUGCCUCGGCGACGCCUCCGCCCUCAUCUCCGUCUCCCGUUCUUGCGCAGGCAAGCCGCUACCGCCGCUGACGCCGGAAUAUCCCUUCACCGCCGGACUACCGCCGCCGCAGAUGUCCGGAGCAACGCGGUUGAUGGGCGCGUCGAACACGUCGCCGGUUUUUGCACUCGUCGCUCUCACCGUCGCCAUGCUACGGAUUUAG